GCUCAGCUCAGCAGCAUAUCUGCAGCUGAACAGCGCGGCACGCGCAGUCAAACAGUGCGCUCGAGACUCCCUCAAAACCUGGAGAAUGUUGUCAACAUCAGCGGGAAACAACAAUAAACGUGUUAUUGCUUAAAAAGAGCUGUGCCUACAAAAACCAGAACCUCCCCGGACGUCUGUGGUUCUUGAGGUACGCUAUAAGACAGAUUUGACUCGCUGUCCCCCUGCUUACCAAGACACAAUCGUCAUCAAUGAGGACAUUAGGAAUGGCUGUGUUCAAGCAACAAAAAGUUGAGGAUUUCUAUGAUAUCGGAGAAGAACUUGGAAAUGGGCAGUUUGCUAUCGUGAAACGUUGUAUAGAGAAAAGCACAGGCGUGGAGUAUGCAGCAAAGUUAAUAAAGAAGCGUCAGAAUCGUGUGAGCCGAAGAGGUGUUCGGCGAGAGGAAGUCGAGAGGGAAGUGGACAUCCUACAGGAGCUCCGACAUCCUAACAUCAUCACACUGCACGAUGUUUUCGAGGACCGCACAGACGUGGUGCUCAUCCUGGAACUUGUAUCUGGAGGCGAACUCUUUGACUUCCUGGCCCAGAAAGAGUCACUGAGUGAAGAGGAAGCCACUGAAUUCAUCAAACAGAUACUUAAUGGAGUUCAAUACCUACACUCCAUGAAAAUCGCACAUUUUGACCUGAAGCCUGAGAAUAUCAUGCUGCUGGACAACAAUGUUCAAUUGCCACGGAUCAAGCUUAUCGACUUUGGUUUAGCACAUAGGAUCAAGGACGGAGUUGAGUUCAAAAACAUUUUUGGGACUCCAGAAUUCGUUGCUCCAGAGAUAGUCAACUAUGAGCAGCUGGGAUUAGAGGCGGACAUGUGGAGCAUUGGAGUCAUCACUUACAUCCUGUUAAGCGGGGCAUCGCCAUUCCUGGGCGACUCCAAGCAGGAAACUCUGGCAAACAUCUCAGCAGUGAACUAUGAAUUUGAUGAGGAAUUCUUCGGCAGCACCAGUGAACUGGCCAAAAGCUUCAUCAGACAGCUGUUGGUGAAAGACACAAGAAAGAGACUUAAGGUACAAGAUGCACUCAACCACCCAUGGAUAAAGCCCGUAAACCCCAGACAAGCCAUGGUGAGGAGACAGUCUGUGGUCAACAUUGAGAACUUCAGGAGACAGUACGCCCGAAGAAGAUGGCAGCUUACUUUCAGAAUCGUGACCCUUUGCAACCACUUAACACGCAUGAUGAAGAAAGGUCAUUCCAAGCAACAGGAUAAACCCAAGAUGGGCUAUGUAGGAAGCACGGUGGCAAUGUUUGAGAGAGAAUGUGAGAGCGAUAAAGAGGAAGAAGUAAUGCUGAGAAGACCCAGAACCAGAAAAAGGAGCAGCACUUCCUGAAACUCCUUGUUGCUCCGCCUACUUAUCGCAAUAUGAGCAUCACAGGUGCAUGCUGGUUUUGUGGUGAACCAGUGGCACUUGUGCCUUUUUCUAAUGCACACAUUUUAUUUUGUUUUUUAAAAGGCCAUUGAGGCAUCAGUAAUGCGUAUGUGGCUUCAUAAAGAUGCAAUUAUUAUGCAUGGGUCACCGCGUCUUUACACAUGAUGUAACGUGCAAUUGUGGCAAACAUAGAAAGAAAAAUAUAUUUACAUGUUUAAACCCAUAUGUAAAUGUAUUAAAGUACAUAAUGGGAUGGGAAAGAGGUUACUGGAUAAGUUUGUACGUAAAGUGUACCUGCAAUGUUGAAAUAUGUAUCACAGUAUAAUUUCACACUUUGCCUUGAGCUUUUACAGUUUUCAGUCCUGACCAGUGGCUGAUGUCUUAAAGUGUGCCAUUACACGUAUUGGAACUUCUUAAAAUUUCAUUUGUCUUUCUAAAGCCAUGCUACUGAUACGUGACUAAUAUAGCCAGCAGCUUCAUUUUUAUUUAAUAUAUAUAUUAUAUUAUCCUUUUAUUAUUAUUAUUAUUAUUAUUAUUAUUAUUGUGAUUUUAUAACGUAGUUGUGCCGAUCUUUGUCUUAGACCCCGUUUACCCCUGGUAUUAAGAUGCGUCUCAGGUGAUCUGAUCACAUGUGGUCAGGCGAGACACAUCGCUGUUUACACCUGGUCACUCAAAUGCAUCUCCUGUGACCACUUGUGUUCGGAUUUCGAGGGCAGUGUCUCUGAUUUCAUGACGAUGUCAAUCACUAUGUCAGCGUGUUAGUACAUGAUAACAAACUGCAAAAAUUCGAAGACUAAGAAAUUGUGCAUAAAAUCAGCACGAUGUUUCUCCCAAAUGCAGCUGAAAUCUAAUCUGAGCACAAAUGCAACCUUUUAAGAAGAAUUCUCAGUUAUUUUAAUGAAUUACCUGUAUUAAAGGAGCUUCAGAUGUGUGUGCUUCGUUUGGGCAUGUUGAUAUCAGACAAAUUGAUACCAUUAAGUUCUCGUGCUUGUUUAUGUGCCUUAUUCACAUUUUCGUAAUUUUCCAAUUGGAAGGUUAUUUCCUGUUAAAGUCGCUCGUAACUGGCAAAAUUUAAACACUUGUUUUAAUUGACAGGUGAGGGGAGGUGCUUCACUGCUGUCCGGGAUGCAUUCAGGACGGAUUUGCAUUUACACCUCAAAUGCGAUGUGGUUACAUGCGUCUUUUUUGUUUUGUUUUUUUUUUCUACCUUUUUUCUCCCCUAAUUUGGAAUGCCCAAUUCCCAAUGCACUCUAACUCCUCAUGGUGGUGCAGUGACUCGCCUCAAUCUAGGUGGCAGAGGACGAAUCUCAUUUGCCUCCUUGUCUGAGACCGUCAAUCCACGCAUCUUAUCACGUGGCUUGUUGAGCACGUUACUGAGGAGACAUAGCACGUGUGGAGGCCCACGCUAUUCUCUUCAGCCUCCACGCACAACUCACCACGUGCCCCGCAGAGAGCGAAACAUUAUAGCGACCACGAGGAGGUUACACCAUAUGACUACCCUCCCUAGCAACCGGGCCAAUUUGGUUGCUUAGGAGACCUGGCUGGAAUCACUCAGCACUCCCUGGAUUCGAACUUGCGGCUCCAGGGGUGGUAGUCAGCGUCAAUACUCGCUAAGCUACCCAGGCCCCCCGCAUUUUUGACCACCUAUGUAUGUGGUUUUUGUGAUCCGAUCACAAAAUAUUUUGCACCCGUUUACACCUGUAUUUAACGCUGACCACUUGUGAUUGGAUCACAGGAAACGCAUCUUUAUAUCAGGCAUAAACGGGGUCUUAAAUACUGCAUCUGACGAGUCAAUAUAGACUGGGUUUGUCGAUCCAGUUUAGAGAAACUCAGUGUAUUUACUUUUAAUAAGUGUCUUAAAAUGUAGGUCAAUGACAAUGAAUCGUAAUCUUUGCUCUGUAGACAGUAGUGGUGGUGAUGUUCAAACCUUAAGAUUUUGUCAUUUUGACAAAAAUAAUUUAUACCGAGAUCAGGGCAGUAGUAAGGCAGAAGUUUAUGGAGAUAGGGCAGUAAUAAUGCUACCUCGUGGCACAUGUUGGAGACAUCGGAAAAUUUGUAAUUGUUUUUUAAUCCUCUUUAUUAAAUGUUCUCUAUUAAAAACAGCAUUAGACAGUUUAGUAAUAAAUAUAUAGUGAAAUAGGUUUAUCUUUUUGUAUUCCACUCCCUCCGUUCAAUGGCAGACGAGGGUAGAGUCAUUAUUUUUGAAAUUCCAUUUGGUUUUGCUAGUGGCGCUGAAGUUAUGUACAGUAACAGUACAGUCACUUGAUUAUAGUUACUGAUAUGUAAAUUGUUUGUAUUUUAGUGCCUUUCACAUUAAUGUUAUCUAAAUUGUUUGAGUGUUGGUAAGAAAGCUGAUCAUAGGCUACACUAAGUGCCCUACAGAUGUCGCCAUCAGGAAAACAAGUCAUAGAUGCUAUUUUUCCUAGGAAUGUAGAGUUAUAAAUCUCUGUAAUAUCCUGUGAGGGCUGAAAUUGUCACACCAGUUAACUAAGUAGAGAAAUUAGGAAAUCAGUGUUCUUUAUUGAAAGACCCUCAAAUUAAUAGGUAUUAAACCUGUCUGGUUAUGCAGUGCAUACUUGAACGUUACAUACAUGCAAUCAAACAUAUGUUUUUUGUCUUUUUUGUAUAAACAUGAUUGUUCAGUGCGUGUUUACGUCCACCUGUAUUGUUUACAUCACUUUCUAUAGAAUCAGUUUUCUCACACGAAUGAAGGUGAAGAGUUGGUGUUUGGGGACUACACAGUAUUGUUUACAAGUAUAAAUAUGCCAGAUUGUCCUAUAAGUGGAAAAUAUUCAUAAUAUGUGCCUCAAGCACAAAACAAAUCCUCUAUCAUGUCAUGUUCAUUUUAUACUUUGGAUAUGAAUUAUGUUGUUCACAACCAAUGUGAAAUAAAAAAAAUUAAAAAAAAGGUUUACUUAAAGUUAUAAGAAAGUCACCUUUUGUACAAAUAGUAAAAUAAAUAAAUGAUUAAUAUAUUUAUUUAGCUGCUUGUUUGGUUGUUUAUGGUCCACUAAUAAGGUCAGGGAAUUGGCAUUUAAAAAGGUAUGUUUUAUUAUUCAGAUAAACUUGAUUUCUUUAGAUUAUUUAGAAAUACAAUGACCCAAUAUAGUUUUUGGAAACUUAAGCCACACUUAAAAAAUGUUUGGAUGUCAUUGCGAUUGAUUGUUUUUUUCAUAGGGCACCUGUGUCAUCUUUAGUGAAACUGACUGCAAACUUUCACUGAUCAGUUUAGUAGUGUACAUGCAAAAAUGGCAAAGAAAGAGAAGCUAGUUCUGAGAAAGGAUCUAACAUUGUUUUUAGAUGUCAGGUUUCAUGUUUUGUUUUUAUAGCAAUGAUAUUGAUAUACAGUAUUGUGUAUUUUAUAUUGAGUGGCUUAAAUACGUUUCAGGACCACUUUUACAUACAGUAGAAAGUCUUAACUGGGUUGCUCCUGUGUCAUUCACAAUAUGUCUGUGAAAAGAUCUGUGUCAGUCGGCUGAAUAAGAUUUUUGCCACCCUGCCCAGAUGGUGUCACAACAGCAGUGUUGUUUGGGCUUGAUUAACGCAAUUGCUGGGAAUAUUUGACCUGAAAUAAACAAAGUCUCAUUAGAGAUGUAUGUAGGCCACUGGCUCUGUGAAAGGUGAAAAAGGGGAACCAGUUUUCUGUCUACCCCUGUCUAAAUCAGGCUGCCAGUUGUGGCCCUCAGAAACCUCUUGCCUUUUAUUCAAUCAACAUCAAAACUGAACAAAUAAAGCUAUCUAUUUAAAUAUUUUUAAGCAUCACUUUUACAAUUGCUCAUACUCGAACAUACUAAGUAUUAAAAUUCAGCCCAUGAUUCGUUACCCUCCGUUUGUGCGAAAAUAAGCAACCACCCAGAACACCAUAAGCAAAUACACAAAAACCACAUAGCAAAUGCGCUACAAAGCCACUCAGAACACCUUAGCAACUGUAUUGAAAAGCCAUGGCAACCAUCCACAACAUCCUAGCAUUGUGGCAUUUCACUCCUUUGUUAAUUAACUGUGUCUUGCCAAUGCUGCCCAUGGUAUUUUGUAUGGUAGUUUUUUUCUUUUCCAGACCAUUGCCCUACAUAUUUCAGUAAUCCUUGCUUAUCCCAUCCAAUUUGUCCUGGUAAUUAACCCUUCUAUUCAAGCACUUAAUUUCUUUUGUCACAAAGUUAGCCAUUCCAAAUGGCCCUUGUGAAAUUAUUCAAUGAAACCAAUGCAGCAGUUUUAAAGGUCAUGAUGUCACUAACACCAACAAUGACUCACAUUACUGGGGUGGUUUCUCAUUUGUUUCUUUGAAUGUAAUGACUGUGUUCUUGAUAAAAGAAUAGCUUGUAAUUCAGAAAUGUAGUU